CCCCAGCCCCCGCCGCGCCCCUCGCGAUCUGCUCGGCGGAUGGCGCCGGAUCCUGAGCUGAGCGGCUGAAAAACUUCAUCUUAUUGAAAGUGUGCCUAUCACCUGAAGAAGGGUGCAAAUGGGACACUGAUAAUGCACGUUAAUAAGAAGUGGCUGUACCUUAGUGAUAGAGCACAUGCCUGGCAUGAAGAAACUCUGAGAUUCAGUCUCCAACCAAAGGACCAGAUAGCAAGUGACAGGAAAGACCUCUACCUAAGACUCUGGAGAGCUGCUGACAUUAAAAAUAAUACCGGAUCAGAUAGGCCAUCUGACUUUAAAGCAACUCCAUGUGUUCAUAAGGAAUAAAGCUGUGUGUGCACAGACCUGUCUUGAUUUUUGCUUCAUGGUGUCUUUAAACAUUCAGCCUCAAUACUUGUCAAUAUACAAUUUUAAAGUUAUUUAAAUGAACUUACAUAUACAAAUAAUACAGCGGCUAGAGGCUCCCCUCUCCCUGUGGAACAGGUGCCAACUCUCUUGUGUUUUACUAUUAAGGAUGACAAGUCCAGAGGUUAGAAAUUGAAAUAUAAGUAGGUCUCUAUGGUAUUUGAAUUCCAUAAAAAUUAUACUCUGUUGCUGGGAAAUUCCUAGACCUAGACAAAUGUAUCAGUUUCUGUUGUUCUCACCUGGAAAUAAUGUCGCAACUUUACAAUAUGACAAAGGCCCUUGGGGCUGAAGAAUGAGCUUUUCCUGCAUUAAGCUCAGUAAGAUCUGCUUCCUGCUCUCAGUUAUCUUUUGUGCAGUUCUCCUCCUGCUAAUCCCCAAAUUCCAGGCCAUUUGGAAACCUAGAAGUUAUCCACAGCCACAGCCACCACUUCUUUUUAAUGGUUCCAGCAACAGUGACAUCACUUUGCAGCAGGUGGAAUCCAGUUCGAUUGAUCAUUUGGAUGAUGAGGCUAACAAUAUAGUGUCCUUGGUGAAAGAAGAACUGGUAGAAAAAUGGAGUCACUAUAUCAUAACCACUGGGAGAUCUGGUCUGAAGGCUAACAGAAAGAUGAAUGAGAGCCCAAUUAAUCGAUUGGACAAUUUGAUGAAACACCAUGUGGAACCUGCUUUAGCCUCUGCUAAGGAAAAGCUGGAGUUGAAAGAUAUCUUUAUUGCUGUUAAAACAACAAGGAAGUACCAUAGAACAAGGCUGAACUUGCUGUUCCAAACAUGGAUUUCUCAAGCUAAGGGGCAGACAUUUAUAUUCACAGACUGGGAUGAUCAGGAGCUACGUCUCAGGGCAGGGGACCAUGUAAUCAAUACCAACUGCUCAGCUGUUCACACUCGCCAAGCUCUCUGCUGCAAGAUGUCCGUGGAAUAUGAUAAAUUCCUAGAGUCUGGGCGAAAGUGGUUUUGUCAUGUGGAUGAUGAUAACUAUGUGAACCUGCACAAUCUCCUGCAUCUCCUGUCUGCCUUUUCACACAGCCAAGAUAUAUAUGUGGGGAGACCAAGUCUAGACCAUCCAAUUGAAGCAGCAGACCAUGUUCGGAAUGACGGAUCAACCACUGCAAAGUUCUGGUUUGCCACAGGUGGUGCAGGGUUCUGUAUCAGCAGAGGUCUUGCCCUCAAGAUGAGCCCCUGGGCUAGCCUAGGAAGCUUCAUCAGCACUGCAGAGAGAAUUCGACUCCCCGAUGACUGCACCAUUGGUUACAUUAUUGAGGGGCUGUUGGAGGUGAAACUCUUGCGCAGCCCCUUGUUCCACUCUCAUCUUGAAAACUUGCAGCAGCUGCGUGGCGAAGCUGUGCUGAAACAGGUUACCUUGAGUUAUGGUGGUCCCGAGAACAGGCGCAAUGUUGUAAGCGUGGGUGAAGUGUUCAAUAUACAGCAAGAUCCAACUCGAUUCAAAUCUGUCCACUGUCUCCUCUACCCUGACACUGGAUGGUGCCCCAGUCUAACAGUGAACUGAUAUCUGCCCUAACAUUCAGCAAGGACUCUUGCUGGUCCUUU